CUGGAGUCGAUUGUUUUUGUCUGGAUGGAGGGAGGAGUGUAUUAACUUUCAUUUAGGAUGCUUAUAACGCUUAAUGUUUCUACAAUCCGGAAAUAAAUUCUACAGGAACUGACAUUAGGAUACAAUGCGCGUCGUGCACCUAUAGAUCACAGGGAGCAGGGAGCAUUUGGGAUUUGACCCAUGUCUCUUUAAGCAGUGAAAGCAUGGCAUCGAGCUUGGACAUCAUGAAGACCUCAGACCUCAUAAAGAAGGAGCGUCUUGAUUACGGCGGCUUCGGGGAGGUGUUUUUGUGCUACCACAAAACUCUGGGACAUGUGGUGCAGAAGACGGUCUAUACAGGACCACCACGUAACGAGCAGAAAGCAUCUCUGCUGGAGGAAGGAAGUCUGAUGAGCAGGUUGAACCAUGAACGUGUGGUGAAGCUGCUGGGGGUCAUACUGGAGGAAAGAGACUACUCUCUGGUCAUGGAGCUCAUUCCUAAAGGCAACCUGCUGGUCAUGCUGCAGAAAGUGAAUGUUCCAGUAUCCAUUAAAGGCAGGAUCGUCCUGGAGAUCCUAGAGGGGAUGGUUUAUCUAACAGACAACCAAGUGAUUCACAAGGACCUGAAACCAGAAAACAUCCUGGUGGACGAAAAUUUUCAUAUAAAGAUCGCAGACCUCGGUCUGGCCACGUGUCAGACGUGGAGUCGGCUGACGAGGGAGGAGUCACGCAGACAGAGUCGUGGAGGCAGGAAGUCGUGUGUGAUGGCGGCCGGGACGUUGUGCUACAUGGCUCCAGAGCACCUGGAAAGCAUCAACACUCGCUCUACUGAAAAAUCUGACGUUUACAGCUUCGCCAUUGUGGUGUGGGUCAUUCUGACCAGUAGAGAGCCUUACGAGAAUGCUAUUAGUCAAGACCAGGUAUGCCAGUGUGUGCGUAAAGGAGACCGUCCGGAUGAAAGCCUUAUUCCGUGCAGUUCACCCAAAGAGAUCAUCAGCCUUAUGACGAAAUGCUGGGAUCAUGACCCUCAGAAACGACCUCGUUUUAAAGAGAGCUAUGACUCGUUCUUGCCUUUCUAUAAGAAGAACCUGCACUCUGACAUUGAGCGAGAUUUGCAGGGCCUUAAAGAUUUGUAUGAAGGUCCAUUGCUGGAGAAGUUAAAAUCACUGACCACAGAGCCGGUAGUUCCUGCUGCAGCACUGGAGGCUCCACCCUUUCGGCCACGCUCCGGCGACUCUCCUACCCCUCUGCUGAGUUCAGACCUGGGGCCUGUGGAAACGAGCAUGGAGGAGAUGAGUUUAAUGACCUCAGGUUCGGGUGACUUUCAAGCGGACGCCGUCCCUGACCAACCUUCUGAACCGCCGAACCUGGAACAGAAACUGAACCAAGAGUUCAGAUAUCACAAAGAAGGCAGCUACACCCCUGAGCAGCAGCCCUACCUCCCUGCUUGCCAUAAUAACCCGGUCUUGCCGACUUCCCCCAGCUCCAUCUGGGGUGGAGAUUUUCCUCAGCCGGUAUCCUCAGUGCAAUCUUGGUCCAAGCCGAAUCCGAAUCCAAAUCUGAAUCCUUAUGAGGCUCUCACCAGGCCGGAAUACACAAACCAGCUGUCGGCGUCGCCUUCGCAGUGUGGACCGAGUCAACAGCAUAAACCCAUUGAACGCAUGCAGUCAUGGCCUUCUGAUUUCUCUGCAGCGGGGAUCACUCCUCAGACUGAAACAGGUGGAUCUCUGUACAUCAGUCAAGCCAGUGGGAUUCAGAUCGGGAACAACAACACCAUGAAUUUCCGCAGUGUAGACACCUCGUCUCUCAGCUCGCAUUCUACUACGUCGUCCUGCAUCAUGAAGUAUAAAGAGCUGCUGGUGAAGUACGAAGACCAUGCCGUAACUGAUGAACAUCUGGAGCUGGUCCGCAAGAACGUAGGUGGAAAGUGGAAAGCCUGCUCCAGGAAGCUGGGCCUCACCGAGGUGGAGAUUGACGCCAUCGAGCACGACUAUUCACGUGACGGUCUGGCGGAGAAGGUCCACCAGAUGCUGGAGCACUGGAAGAUGAAGGAAGGUCUUCAAGGCUGCACGGUGGGAAAACUAUGUCGUGCCCUGGAGCACUCUGUUAAAGCAGAUGUGCUUCUCGACAUACUGCUCAAGUCUCAAGACUACACCGCUCUGUAUAGCAGCGUCCUGAGUCAGCUUUAACAAGUUAAAGUAAAAGUCCAGGUGGAGAUUUUUUAUAUAGAAAUAAGAGUAGAAACACUUUGACUUUUCUAUUUAUUUCUACUUUUCUUUCUACUUUUUUCUUUCUUUUUAUUUCAAAAAACAUAUUUUUAUCCUUUAACCAGACCAUAUAAUUAUCAUUUUUUUUUUUUUUUUUGGUAUAAAAUUUUGUAUAAAAAAAAUCUUAGUGGGGAAAAAAUAAGAAAUCACUGUAUCACUUUUAUUUCAUGAAUUUUCAAAAAAAUCAAAGGAAAAAGAUCGAUCGGAUGAUUUUAAAAUGAUACUUAAGACUUUUAUUUAACGGGCUGCGGAAUAUUACAGAAUAUUUUUACAGAAAUUUCACCAGCAAUCUGCGAUGUAUAUGCAAUAUUUCAGAUUCACACACACAAAUCUUUCUCUUUCAUUUAACACAAAUUUUAAACGUUUAUUUUAAGAACUUUUUCUAUUUGUUCCUUUUCGGAAGUUAAAGAUUCUUUAGCUUUAGUUAUCCAGCAAAGACUUAAAGAAUCCUUCCAAAACCCAGUUUUCAUCUUCCUAGCUGAAUUUAAAACGUCUGAGAGGUUCUAAAGAACACAACAGAGCAUAAAAAUGAGUUUGAAUGACAAGCUUAACCAGUUAAUACACACACUCUGUUUAAACAGAAUCCUGGGUUACGUAGUUUGAGAUUUCACACUGCUCGCACUUUACCUAGGAUUAACAACGAAUCCUGUCUCUACAUAAGCUGACGUUUCACACUGUACAGUCCUAAACCCAGGCUCUCCUAAUCUGCACAUUUGCUCCUUCAACAACAACCCUGACUGGAUAAAUCCAGCCCGUGACCGCUUUACAUACCGCUUUACAUACCGUCUCAUCUCAUCUCAGUGAGAAAAAACGUUCAGGUCAGUCGUUCUGCACCUGAGCAGGUUUUAUUAUCUUUCACAGCUUGUUUUUUUUUUUUUUUUUUUAAUUUCUUUUGUUUUGUGUUUUGUUUUUAAUUCCGUCUUGUCGUCGACCAGCCGUUCAUUCGUUGACACCUGACUUCUUCUAAAUUUUUCUCUGUGCUGUAUUUCCGUCUCGCUACGUCACACGCUUCCGCCAUGUUCGAGCCGUUUUUUUUUCUUCAGUGAGGUUUUCACACGUGAGGUUUUUUGUAUGGUAAUGGGGUUUUCGUGCAUUGUUCAGCUUCUGACUCAGUGUUUGUUGCUAAGCAACUAGCCGUAACGUUCGGCACCGUGAUAUGGAGUAAACACUGUAAACACUGCUGAGCUGUUCCUCUUCAGAGCAGAGUUUUAUAACCCUGAGAUUAAGCGUAUUGUGAAAGGCACUUGGACAACGAAGGGUUCUUGUCUUCCAACAGGAAUAUUAAUACAAAUCCUUCACACAGUUUUGUUAUACACCAGAGUUCUACACCAAUCCUUUAACAGUCUCCUCGAGCUGAAGUGGUCUUUUUUUUUGUGUGUCCUGAUAAUCAUGUUGGCGAAAUAUUACAACAGUUACAGUUGUUUACCCUGUUUCUAAACAUGAUCCUGAAAUAUUAGCAACACAAACAUUAACGCAAAACACUUUAUCUCCGUUUUUUGUUUUGUUUUUAAAAUUCUCAGGAAAUUCUUUACAGCGUAUCUCUGCUAAGUUAAGUUGUGCUUUUUACAUCUUAGCAUAACGACUUGGGAAUCCAAGGGUUGGCUGAAGUGUAGCGUUUAUUCAUUUAAUUCAGAUGGAUUUUCUUUUUUUUUUUUUGUUUUUGUGAUUAUUUUCCCCAGUGUGUUCAGAAAUUAAGCUCAACAAUGUUAAUAAAUAGACAAAAUAUUACUGUAGACUUCUACUCAAUGCUCAGGAAAUAGACUAUAUAGUCAGAAGUGUGAGUACUCCAGAGCAUCCUGUCUCCUUUUACGAUCUAUCCCAAAAUCCCAUGGGUAUUACUACAGAGCUGCUCCUUCUUUUUAUACUAGAACAUGGAUCUACUCUUCUCUUCUGUGAAGGCUUUCCGUUAGAUGUUGGAGCGUGGCUGUGUGGAUUGGUGUACUGUACGUUCAGCUCAGAAAGCAUUAGUGAGAUCAGACGCUAAUGUUGGGACGUUGAAGAAGACUCCAGUUCCAGUUGAUGAAUGGUGUUGAGUCAGAAUCAGAGCUCUUGAGUUCUUCCCAUCCAAAGUUAACCUCCACACUAUGUCUCCAUGGAGCUGUGUGCUUUGUGCAUAGCUGCAUUGUCAUGCUGGAAAAGUGUAAGAGCUCUUAGUUCCAGUGAAGGGAAACUGUAACACUUUAACCACCCGACGCUGUAUGUGCAUAAGACUUUGUGUUUGAAAAAAAUAAAUAAAAAUAAAGUUUUGAUGAAGUAGCCAUAUAUGGGUGUGACGAUCAGGGGUGCACAUACUUUUGCAUGUAUAGCAUAAAUCUGCAUUAAAUGGAUCUGGAGAAUUUAUGCUGAAGUAAAUCCCUGCAGAAAUUCCUGGCUUUGGAAGUUUGCCUAAGUCGUGGCCUAGUGGUUAGAGAGUUUGAUUCCUAACCCUAAGGUUGUGGGUUUGAGUCUCGGGGCCGGCAAUACCACGACCGAGGUGCCCUUGAGCAAGGCACCGAAACACCCCCCAGCCCCCAGAGCCUUGUUUUUACGGAAAUAUACAAGCAAACUGUUGAUGACUGUUGAAUAUUAAUAAUUUCUGAAUUUAAAUGGAAUUAUGAGACGUUCAUUUACAUUAACGAAACUUCAUCAACUUCAAAUUCAAUUCAUGAAAUAUAUAAAUGUUUAUAACAGCCGGACAGAAUUAUCUGAAGCUACAGUAGGCCUUGUUGGAUUUUAUUAGCAAAAUGUCAGUCGUAUCUAUGCUGCAUAUUUACAUUUACAUUUAAACUGAAGGUAUUUGUUAGACAUCCUUAACCAGAGCGAGGUACAAAAGUGCUUCAGGAAGAGGAAGGUGUCCACCCAUGGUUUGUGACUCAGCUGUUCGGACAUCUAGGGGAAGUUCAUUCGGUGCUAGAACAGAAAAGAGUCUUGAUAUAAACCAACCUCUGUAUGUCAUGUGCUGGGACACGAGUGUGUGUAUGAGUGCAUCAGGAACACAGAGUGUAAUGGUUUGUCUUCCAACACUUGUUCAUUUUACAUUCUUCAUGUUUCUUGUAUCAUGUUAUAUUUACAGCAUCGUGUAUUUUUGUAACUGUCAUUGAGUAAUGUCUGUAUUUUUAAGGUAUUAAAAGAGAAAAAACUAA